AACAUGCGAUCACUUCGCGCUCCUUGACCGUGCAGCGCCAUGAAAUGGCAGAUGACGUACAGGUGCGGAGCGUAUGGUGUUCUCACGUCGCAAACUUCAGUGGUGCACCUGGCACUCUUGUUCAGCUUCCCUAUGAGGAAGCUGUACAGCACAUCGAAGAAGAUUUGCUUCUCGCGAUUUACGCAGCAAAAUGCUACAAGCUCCAGGAUGCUUGUGAGCCUACUCCGGAGCUGCUGGAGCUGUGCCACCAGGUUUCCCAACCCGAGUGCCGGGACGAUACUUGGGAUGCAAUGAUGUAUCACCGCAUCGGCCAGUCCUGGAAGACCAGACGAGCUGAACUGAUUUGGCUCGAUGACAAGGUUGCUCAAGUGCACCGAACAGCAGAACUGCUGGAUUGUGAGCCUUUACACCUACCAUUGCUGGCGCAUGCUGCUGAUGAUCCAGUGGGCUUGGAGAAGAUGAAGCAAACCUUGCUGGAGUGUGCAAGGGAAAAUCAGCCCGUCGUGAUAAAACCACGACAUGGUGCGAACAGUUGCUUCAUUUUUUUCUGGCCUUCGCCUGAAGAGACCAAACAAGAGGAACUGUUUCAAAGCAUCGAGGCUGCUUUGGUGGGCGAAGACAGAUCAUGGGAAAAGGAGUGCUGGCAACUUUCACAAGUGCCUCGCGGAGCUGUGCUGCAACCCAUGUAUUCCAUUGCAGUCGACCGUCAGACUGGUCCCCGAAGCCGCGCAGCCCCCAUGGAGCUCAAGGUGCAAGUCCUCUUUGGCCGAUUGGUGGGUGCUACACUAAACACUCAUCCGCAGCCGCUGUGGGUGGCUUGGAAUGGUGUUAUCCAGAUGUGGGACAGCCAGGACCUGGUGGCCAGGGGACAGGUGCGUUGCAAAAGUUUGGAUCGCUGCUAUGGUCGGAGUUUGCCACCACAGCUCCUGGUUGGCUUGCAGGAAGCUUUGGCCUCAAGUUGGUUCUUCAUACGAGAUGCAUCAGAGCGUCUCUGCCAAGCGGCAGGCUUGGAUGAGCUCCGAGUGGACUGGCUGCUGGGAGAUGCCAAGUGGGGCCCCCGCAUCGGUGAACUGACCUAUAUGGGAGCAGGCUCUCGAGUCACGCCGCCGCUGGCCAUGCGCUUGGCCAGGGCCUUUGCUGCAGGGCAUUUGCUGCGCAAAGGCCAGAUGCACCUGGAGGAGAUGUCUGCAGCCGAGCCACUGUGGCCACUAGCUGCAGAACGUGGCAAGAAAGUGGCAGGAACAAAAGAUGGAGCCCGCUACACCGUAUUUCGUCAUAUUUUGUUGAAAUUGAAGAAACUGUUGAAGUAUGUUGAAAUAUGUUGGAAUGAAUUUUGA